AUGACGACACCCUCAUCCACGCAGGGAUCCGUCCUGGCGCAAGCCUUGGCCGAGGCCCGAAUCGAGUGUCAAGUGCUCUGGCCCGACAGUGCAGAGUACACGGCGCGGGAGCAGAGCUACUGGUCGCAACAGGCGCGCCUCCAGCCCGCGUGCAUCGUGCGGCCGCGCUCGGCCAGCGAGGUCUCGACCAUUGUCAAGACGCUAGCCGACAAGCAAGCGCAGUUCGCCGUCCGCAGCGGCGGCCACACGCCACAUGCCGGCGCAAACAACAUUAGCGGCGGCGUCACCAUCGACCUCAGCCUCUUGAGCUGGACGCGCUUCGACGCCGCCUCCGAGACGGUCGACAUCGGCCCCGGGGGCCGCUGGCGCGACGUCUACGGCGAGCUGGACAAGCACGGCCGCAUCGUCGCCGGCGGUCGUAACGGCACCGUCGGCGUGGGGGGCUUGAUCCUGGGCGGUGGGAUCUCCUUCUCCACGGGGCGACGCGGGUUCACCUGCGACGACGUGGUUUCGUUUGAGGUUGUGCUUGCGGAUGGGCGCAUCGUCACGGCCACGGUGGAGGAGUACAGCGAUCUGUUUUACGCGCUCAAGGGUGGUUCGAAUAACUUCGGUAUCGUGACGAACUACAAGAUGCAUGCGCUGAAGAGCGACGGUAUCUUUGGCGGCCUGAAGAUCUACCCGAAACAGGUCACGCCGCAAGCUACCGAGGCGCUGCCCGACUUCAAGGAUAUAGUUGUGGUCAUCGCCAUCGCGCAACUCGCCGGCAUUGCAGAUGCGCCAGCAUACCACGGAUUCAAGGACUUGCCCGCGAUCAUGGACACAUGCAAACAGACGACGGUGCUGGGCGGGGUGUCAGAGUACGACGUCUCGCCGGGAGACCACCAGUCGACCUUCUACACGGCGACGUUCGCCAACGACGCGCGCAUCGUCGCCAAAGCGACCGAGCUGCACGAGCGCCUCGUAGCCGACCUCAAGACACUGAUCCCGGACGGCGACUUCACGACCCAGUGCCUUCUCCAGCCGCUCCCCAAAGCCUACGGCCAGACGUCCGCGCGCAACGGGGGCAACGUGAUGGGCGUGCAGAACCAGCGUGUCGACGGCCUGCUCUUCGUCGCCAUCGUCUUGCUCAAGACCCCCGCGCAACAGGCCUUUGCCUACCCGCGCAUCCGGGCGUGGGUCGAGGAGUUGAAGGCGUACGCGGCGACGAUAGAAAAUGGGAACCUCGACUGGGUCUACCUGAACUAUGCGGACGGGUCGCAGGAUCCGCUGCGCAGCUAUGGCGUGGAGAAUGUGCGCAAGAUGAAGCUUGCGGCGGCUAAGUAUGACCCGCAUCAGGUCUUCCAAAAGCUAUGUGUCGGCGGGUUUAAGAUCUCGCAUGUUGCGGAUGAGAAGCUUCGGACCCGUUUGUAA